UUCAAGGGAAACCCUCUUCCUUCUUCACCGAUCAAACCUAGCUAAGUGUAUGAAAGUUCAAUCUUCCUCGACUUUCAUUCAGUGCCCAAAACAGUUGCUAUGGAUUUGUUCUCCAGGCCAAGACGCAGCUAUGGGUUCAAUUUUCACCGGCGUAGCAAUCGCCGGCGAAAAUAUCGACGUCGGCGUCGGAGCUCCGGCAAACCAAUCACACCAAACUCAAUGCCAAAGUGUUCAGCAUAAGGAGGAGCACCUCCCUAGCAUCAAGAGCCAUCUCAAAUCACUACCAAAGUCAUCGAAUUUCCCUUCGACCACUAACAUCAAUGGUGUCGCCGGAGCUCCGGUGAACUAAUUAAUGCACGACCAAUGCCAAUAGGUUCGCAGCAGUGUGGAGAUGCUUCCUAGCUAUAUGACAAGUCUCGAAUCACCACCAAAUAGUUCAAAUUUGAAAAGUCGUCAAAGCGACUAUCAAGGUGGAGCUGCUGGAGCUCCGGUGAACCAAUUGUCGAAGGACCACUGCCAAAAUAUCACUAAGGGUGUUGUGAGGCUUCCCAGACAAACCAUUGACCUCGAAUCAUCACCAAUAAGUUCAAAUUCAAAAAGUCGUCAAGGCGCACUUGAAGGUGAUGGUCAUAGUCACAGUGUUUUUCAAACUGAGGAACUUACAUUAGUUCAUGAUCAAUAUCAGUAUCUUGGGAAUGGCAUUCAAUCCCAAACUACUCAAGCGAAUUGCAAUGAUCAAAUAAAAAAUGGCUCGGAUCAUCACAGCAGUAGCUCAAGCCAAGGAGCACAAGCAGAACCAGGACAUCAGACCCACAGGAGCACCAACCAAAGGUAAAUAUGUACCAUUGCAGCAGAACAAUGGUGGUCCAGGUAAGAUUGCUACUCCUAGUUCUACUCCCAACAUUUAUGUUGAUCUUGUUAUGCAAGAUCAAACUACUAACCAAGAUGCAGGAGAACCAACCAACCAAAGGAACUCAACUGUGAAGAGUUCAUCAACAAUGCAGGAAAGAACUCCAAGCCAAAGACAAGGUAUUGACUUAUCUCUCCCACAGCUCCAUUCCCCCCAUAUUAUAUGCACAAGUACUGUCUUAACAGGUUCUACUCAAGGGACCAAUGCAACAAGGAAUUCAGGUAUUGACUUAUUACUCCCAAUACCCCUGAGCCCCCCACUUUAUACUGCUGCUGCUGCUGCUGAUCCAGUAGUUGAUGGAGGCAAGGCUGAAAGUGUACAAGAGAACUCCACUAACAUGCAGGAUGGGGAAACCAACAGGGGAAGGGUAUUGCCUCAUGCUAUGCAUGGGAACACUACUGACCUUAGGAGUGACUCUAGAGCUCCUGCUACCUCUGCACACAAGACUCAAAUAGUCAAUUCAACCCCUGCAACUAUCCCUGCUGAUGAUAUCUAUGAGGAAGAGAUUCAACGAAUGACUAGUUCACAGGGCCUAUCUACUAGAGGGAUACAUAGGACCAGAUUUAGCACUAAGUCAAAAAGCUUUACUAUAUCUACCCCCACUGGCAGGCCAAGUAUCAAGAUCCACAUCCCCAAAUCCUCUAAAUGAUUUGUAUCCUCAGCUAGAAUGUGAGGGGCAUUAAUACCCAAGGAGCCAUGGAAAGAAUUAAGCUCCUCAAGAACAUUCAUCAUAUUUCUAUUAUUGCUAUUCUGGAACCUUUCUCUGAUAACACUCAGUUGCAGUAUUUCGGAAAUCAUCUCAAUAUAGACUAUGCCAUUCAUAAUCCAAAUGGUAAGAUUUGGAUUUUUUGGACAAAAGAUGUGGAUUGAACCAUCUUGGAGAAUGAGGAACAAUUGAUCACUUGUGAUAUCAAUCAUGUAAUGGUGCAACCAAAGGGGCAUCAUGUCCAGAGUAUGGAAGAGACUAGAUAGGGGGAUGGUUAAUGAUAAAUGGAUGGAAACCAUGCCCCUCACCUCCAUCACUCAUCUCCCCUCAGUUGGUUCUGAUCACUGCCCUUUGCUCUUGGAAAUGGUUGAUCAACAUCAUAACCCCAUCAAAUAUUUCAAGUUCCUUAACUGUUGGCCUGAACAUCCUUCUUUUAUGGAACUUGUUAAGAACUGCUGGAGCAGAUCCAUUGAGGGUAAUCCUAUGUGGAUCUUUCACAAAAAGAUGAAGAGGCUUGUUGUUUUGUCCUUUUGUUACAUACUAAUCUUCAGUAGUGUAGCAUACUUACUAAUUUUGGUUUCUCUUUUUCUGUAAAAACAGUCAGGGAUUUCAAGUCAAAGGAUUCUGCCAACAAGUUCAAAGAUUAAGGAUGCAAGUUCAACAGGCAUAGACUUUGGUUUUAAGCCUAGAGGCUUGAGAUGAAAAAAUAAAGAUGCUGUCACUACCAACUAGUAGUAUAAAAUGGCAAA